AUGCCGAGCGUCCCAACAACAAAGGAAGUUAUCCCCGGCGCCCCAGUCAACAUAAUCCUCAAAGCCGACCAGCGCACAGGCCGCACCGUCUCGGGCACUAUUGGCGAUGUACUCACCCGCGGAAACCAUCCGCGGGGCAUCAAGGUCCGGCUCACGGAUGGUCGCGUGGGGAGGGUGCAGUCUAUGAAACUGGGCGCUGGAGGAGGGGAUAGUACGAUUGACCCUCCUACGCCCCAGGUACAACCGGCUGAGGAAUGGGCGCCGCGAAGGGGGAAAGGGCGCGGUCGAGGUCGGGGACCUACUGAGGACUCGGAGGCAGGGCUUCCAUCGAGUGAUAUUGGUCUGGAUGCGUACAUUACGCAAGGCAGGAAGCCGCGGCAGAAUGGGAAGGGGAGGGGGAGGGGGAGGGGGAGAGGGGGAGGUGGGGAUCAGGAUGCGUCUCAACAAGCGCAACUUGGGAAUGAAUGCCCGUCAGUGGAAGCGGCGGCUGUGACAUGUCCUGUUUGUGGGGAUUUUGAAGGCGACGAAAUGGCUGUUGCGCAUCAUGUGGGAAGCCAUUUUACGGAGUGA